AUGAAAGACCGUGCCACCGCCUAUCGUAUCGCGCUCUCGAUCUCGACAACCGCUACGGAGCUUCUGAACGACCUAGAAGACCAGCUUGAGCUGCUCCAACUUCUCGGCCACAACCGAACCACCCGAUCCAGUAAGCUCGACGAUGCGAUGGAGGUUUUUGAAGUUGAAGACUUUCCAAAACCUGAAAAGGACGAAGCUUUGCGGGAUGCUGGUCGACUUGAAAAACUUUUGAAAGCCGCCUCGGCCAAAAUUCGACCCUUAGGAAGUGGGACUACGAAGGAAAAAUCAAAGAAAUUGUCGAACAAAAAAAUGGAAUUGCUUGCAAAACUGAAGAAGAGGAACGGGUUUGGCAGUGCUGACCUAAAGAGGGUCCAUUCAAUUGACCUGACAGCCGCCAUCGCAAAUGGAGAAAAGCAGCUGAAAGUCCCUGAUUCCAAAUUCGGCCCGAAAAAGGGCCAGAAGAAGACCGACGAAGAAGAGAUCUUCUACUAUUUCGAGGAGUUGGAAGAUUCGACGACUUCUACGAGUACAACUACAACUACGACCACAAUUACAUCCGAAAAACCAACGAAAACCCCGGAUUUUGAAUCGAUCAUUCAACAAAUUGUCACCCUAAAAUCUGGCCGUCGAUUCGUCGUCCGGAGGCGGAAGAUGAGCAAGCAGGAGAUGGCGGAAAGAUUUUCACGCGCCGAAAGCGGCCACGAGACGCGACCUGAUGCCACUUCCCCGAUCUCUGAAAUCGACGAAAAAUCUGCAACCACUACCGUGACUCUUGAAGCAGCUUCCGUCGCUUCCGAAAGCUACGAUUCUGAGCCAACAACGCCAGAAAUUCGGAAGAUGACGUCCGAAACUCAGCGCAUCCGGAUACGGACAAGAAACCGAAGUGACAGAAAAACUGGAGAAACCGGACGACAUGGAUUCUAUGAUGCCAACUACGGCAAACUCGGGCUCAAGCUCAAGCUCGAGCAGAAGCUCAGUUUCUUCCGCCGCUCCUCCAUCUGCAGCUCCCCCGUUGGCGCAAUUGGCUGGGGCGGUCGGAGG